GGAAGAGGAGGGACAGGAGGAGCAGGAGCAGGAGCGGGAGAAUCCCGGCGCUCGCAGCGCCCGCACGCUGAGCCUGCAGCACCCCCUGCCCCGGGAGCAUCGCCCCCAGCCCCGAGCCGCAGGAUUUCCCAUUCCCAAACCUUGGCUGGAUGGAGGAGGAAAAGGCUGCGAAGAAGAGGAAGAUGCCCGAGGACACCCAGGCAGGCAAGGAGCUGAGGAUGGAGACCAGGGAGGACAAAUCCCCACAGCAGAACCUCAUGGAAGAGGCUGUUUUGGGCGGCUCCACAGUGCAGGAAUCCAAAGGGGAGGAAAAGCCUGGGAGAGCCCAGAGGAGGAGGGGCUCCAAACCCAGCCCAGGGUGCUCUGAGGAGGAAAGACCCACCCUGAGCCAGGAAGGCAGCUGGAGAUCCAACCAGAGCUCAGAGCUGGUGGCUCAGGAGCAGCUUCAUGACAGUGAGAGGCCCCAUGAGUGCUUGGAGUGUGGGAAGCGCUUCAGGAAGAGAUUCAACCUGACCUGCCACCAGAGGAUCCACACUGGGGAAUGGCCCUACGAGUGCUUGGAAUGUGGGAUGAGUUUCAGCCACAGGUCUGACCUGGUUGUCCACCAGAGGUUCCACACUGGGGAGAGGCCCUAUGAGUGCCCCGAGUGUCAGAAGAGGUUUCACACCAGCUCCCAUCUCCUUGUACAUAAACGAAUUCACACCGAGGAGAGGCCCUUCUGCUGCCCCGACUGCGGGAUUGGCUUCAAGCACAACUCCACCCUCGUCACCCACCGGCGCAUCCACACUGGGGAGAGGCCCUACGAGUGUCCCCAGUGUGGGAAGAGCUUCUCAGACCGCUCGUUCUUUACCCGACACCAACGGAGGCACCGGUAAGGGAAGCCCUGUGAGAGCCCCGACUGCAGGAAGAGCUUCGUGCACUGCUCCAACUUCAUCCCUCAUUGGAAAAUCCACGUUGGGAAGAGCCCUGGUGAUCCAUGUUCCCUGUGAUCCAUGCUGGGAAGACACCUGUCCAUUUCCCUGCCUCUGCCAAUGACCUGAGGUAGAAUUGAGGAACAUCAGGGUCUGGCCAUGGCCGUGGCAUUACAUUCACUCCCACCUCAGGUCAUUGCCAGGGGCAGGGACUUCCUCUCUCUCUCCCCGGAGGAGAAGGGUCUCCUUUCCAGGCAGGAGGAAAUACGUUGCCGGGAAGAGGCAGCUGUUGAUCUAGUUUUCCCUGUAAACAGUUUUAUUUAUCCCUUCUGUUAGCAGUAUUGUUUCUGUUCUGUUUGUUCCUUAUCUCGUUGCUGUUCCCAGUAAAUUGUUCUU